CUCUCUCUCUCUCUCUCUUUCUCUCUCUGCUGUGUGCGCUAGCAAUAUGGCUUCCAUUGAAGAAAAACCAUUGAAGGUGCAUGAAGACCAAGGAGAUCAAGAUCAUAUGGACGAGCACGAAGAAGCCGUUUCGAGUGGUGGGUGUUGUUGCCUUGGGCUUAUGGGCUUCAGAUGGGGACAAAGCAAUGAAAGGGAGAGCAAACAUCUGCUGGGAGAACGCAGGGAAACAUGGUGGAUGAAGCAACUGAUUAAGGUUAAGCAGGGUACAGAAGUAGUGGCAGGGCCCAAGUGGAAGACUUUCUUAAGAAAGAUCAGCGCAUUUGGUAAUAACAAGAACAAGAAGAAGCACGGCACAGCUGGGUUCCAGUAUGAUCCUCAGGCUUAUGCCCUCAACUUUGAUAAUGGUUUUGAUGGGGAUCAAGAAGAUGGCUUUGUUCUUGAUUUCAGGUCCAGAUUUGCUGCUACUCCUACAUGAAAAGUGGCAUAGUGGAUCGUGAAAAAGUCGUUGAUGAUGUUGAUAACUUUUGUUGUAUCAUGUAGAAAGUUGCAUUCAUUUUGUACCAUUUUUAAUUACCUCCUUAUUCAUUGGUUAUUACAUUCUAUUCAUUCA